CAUGUAUUUUAUGUUUUGUUUCAGGAAUGCAGUAAAAAACAGAAAAAUGAUGAUACGCAAAGUACAUCUGUUGAUGCAUUGAGUUCGAGUGAUGGUUUUGAAGAGAAAAAUGAGUUUCAUACAUUGGCUAAUGCUAAAAUACUCCUUAGCGACUGCCUAGCUUGUGACAAUUGUAUGACAUCAGAAGAAGGAGCCAGAGUUUUCCAACAGAAUCAGAAGGAGCUCUUUCGUAUUCUUAACCUUAAUAAGAAAUGUGAUACCUCAAAACACAAAGUGUUGGCAGUGUCUAUAUGCCCUCAGUCAUUGCCUUAUUUUGCUGCUAAAUUCAAUCUCUCUGUGAAUGAUGCAGCCAAGAGACUCUGUGGUUUCCUCAAAAGUCUCGGGGUGCAUUAUGUAUUUGACACCACUAUAGCUGCUGAUUUCAGUAUCCUGGAGAGCCAGAGGGAAUUUGUGCAGCGGUAUCAACGGAGGAACCAGGAGGAGCAUGCCUUACCAAUGUUUGCCUCUGCUUGCCCUGGUUGGAUCCGGUAUGCUGAAAGGGUACUUACUAAUCUUGUCACCUCUCACAUUUGCACUGCAAAGUCUCCACAGCAGAUCAUGGGCUCCCUGGUGAAGGGCUACUUUGCCAGGCAGCAGAACUUGUCUCCUGAUAAAAUUUUCCAUGUAAUUGUGGCGCCUUGUUACGACAAAAAACUGGAAGCCUUGCGGGAAGAUUUCUACACUGCCUUAUAUAAUUCGCAAGAAGUUGAUUGUGUUCUGACAUCAGGUGAAAUUGCCCAAAUAAUGGAACAGAAAAAUGUGUCUUUGAAAGAUGUGACUGAAGUAGCUGUAGAUAGUUUGUUUGAUGAAACAAAGGAGGGAGAUGUAGUAAGGCAUGAUGGGAAGAGAUCCGAUGGUUACCUGGAGCACAUUUUUAAACAUGCUGCGAAGGAGCUUUUUGGCAUGGAUGUCAAAGAAAUCACCUACAAAGCAUUAAAGAACAAGGACUUUCAAGAAGUUACUCUUGAAAAGGAUGGUGAGACAGUGCUGCGUUUUGCAGCAGCUUAUGGCUUUAGAAAUAUCCAAAACAUGGUUCUGAAGUUGAAAAAAGGAAAGUUUUUGUACCAUUUCGUAGAAGUCCUUGCCUGCCCAGGAGGGUGCCUAAAUGGAAAAGGUCAGGCGCAAACUGAAGAUGGAAAACCAGAUAAAGCACUGCUUAACCAGAUGGAAGAAGUGUAUGCUGCAAUACCUGUUAGACUUCCAGAAACGAACAUGCACGUACAAAAGAUGUACCAGGACUGGCUGGAAGGUAUGGACUCUAAGAAGGUCCAGGAAACUUUGCACACCAAAUACAGUGCAGUAAGUCAAACAGCAAGCAAUCUGGAUAUCAAAUGGUAAUAAAUCAAACUUGCAAAAGAUUUGCUUAGGUUAGUUACAGAUUCAGCACUGGAAACAUUCUAUGCAAUCGCAGAUGCUAUGCACUAGCCGAGUGUAUGAAUGAGAUGCUUCCUAAUUGUGGAUUAUUUGUGAAGAACCAUUGCUUUUUAAAAACAGAAAGAGAAGUCUUCGAAAGCCCUGCUUCCUGCCAUUGUCAUUUAACUUUUACUGUGUGUAAUCUCCUGUGUAUGAUGGAUUUCUUUAUUCAAAAACAUGAUCUUGCAAGGUACAUAACACUUUCUGCCGGGAGCAGGGAGUG